AUAACUGUUCAAACAUAAAAUAAUUGAUCAUCUGGCCUUAUAUUCUUAUUCUUCACUUACGUUCUGUCGUUAGACGAAAAAAAAAAACGAGAGAAGGAACAUAAAAGUCCUUAGGGUUCGAUUUACCUCCUUGGUACUCGCCAUGUCUGGAGAAGAACAAGAGAACGCCGCCGAGCUCAAGAUCGGAGACGAGUUCUUGAAGGCAAAGUGCUUAAUGAACUGUGAAGUCUCUUUGAUCCUUGAGCACAAGUAUGAACAGCUUCAGCAGGUCUCCGAGGAUCCUAUGAAUCAAGUUUCUCAGGUGUUUGAGAAGUCCUUGCAAUAUGUUAAGCGAUUCAGCCGGUACAAGAAUCCAGAUGCUGUGAGACAAGUUCGAGAAAUUCUGAGCAGGCAUCAACUCACUGAGUUUGAGCUCUGUGUUCUUGGCAAUCUCUGUCCUGAGACUACUGAAGAAGCAGUGGCAAUGGUUCCUUCUCUUAAGACAAAAGGAAGAGCUCAUGAUGAUGGAGCAAUUCAGAAGAUGCUCAAUGAUCUUUCCCUUGUCAAGAGAUUCGAAUAGUGCAGAAAAUUCGCAAGAUCAUAUUUGAGGGGUUGCUAUGUAUUCGCCCUUUAGCUGAUGUCUGAUCAAAUAUAUCUGGUGUUAAUUUUUUCAUGUCUGAAAUUACAAAAGAUGUCAAGGUCAAUAGUAUUUGGAAUGAAUGUAAUUUACAAUGGAUGAUGCAAGCUUUCAGUGAGAUAUAUACUAAAUCCAGUUAUUGUUAACAUCAUCAUUAUACAUAUAUGAUAUUUAGCUACAGCUACAUGUUUAGCUUCA